CACUUCUCUAUCGCUUUCAUCAUGGUAGAAACAAGAAUUAGCACUGAUGAGAUCAACAAGAAUAAUGCAGCUGUUGAGGCUCGAGCCAAUUCUGCCCAAGAGAUCAACAGUGAAGGUGUCGAUGUUGAACAAGGUGGAGCGAUAUACAUGGAAUGUAGGCGCAACUAUGUUGCCUCCAUUGGAGGCUACAUCGUAGAUGGUUGUGAGAAGUUUGUCAAGGGAGCUGGCAAAGGCGAAACCAAGGAAGCCUUGCUUUGUGCAACGUGUGGGUGCCACCGCAGCUUUCACCGGAAAGUACUGCUUCCACCGCAUCUCCGAGACACCAGAUACUACAAUAUUAUGAACUACCUUUGUUCCCUACGGGCUCUAACAGUCCUUCAACAUCGACCACCAACACCAUGGCUGAUGCGAUCACCAACACUUGAAAAUUAUUGUGAUCUAAUUGAAGGUCAAGGCUCAUCCUUAAGCCCAGAUGAAGGUGAAGAAAAGUUUGAAUCUGACAGCGGGGAUGAAAUUAAUCAGCCCUUAGACAUUGACAAGAGCUUUUGUCUUGAUGAAGUGCUUCAAUAA